GGGGCUGCGCGCCGCGGCGGAGGUCCAGCCCGGACUCCGCACCCCGCGGCUGCGGCAGCGAUCGGGGACCCCCGGCCCGCCGACGCCCAGGCGGCGCAGACACCCCUUUUAGGUGGACCCAGGUUUAGGCUGGGACUGAAGCCGUAAUACAGCCACCCCCAAGAAGAUGAGGUGUCUACUUCCCAUUUGAACAAGAGCGGACGCCAAAGGAAACCAGAGGCGCUCACAAGAAGGAAGGACGGACGGAAGGAAGGAAGAAAGGAAGGAAGGAAGGAAGGAAGAAAGAGAAGGCCUCUCCCAUCAAGGAUGACACUGAACACCCAACAGGAAGCAAAGACUCCCCUGCGCAGGAGGGCUAGCACUCCGCUACCCCUGUCAUCCAGGGGCAACCAGCCUGGCCGCCUGUGCACAGCAGCCCCUGCCACCCAAUCCCAACAUCCCCGGCUGGGCCAGUCAGUGUCCCUCAACCCUCCCAGCCGAAAACCUUCUCCUGCCCCCGAUGGCUGGUCGUCUGAAUCCAGCGACUCUGAAGGCUCCUGGGAGGCCCUGUACCGUGUGGUGCUGCUCGGAGAUCCAGGCGUGGGGAAGACCAGCCUGGCCAGCCUUUUCGCAGGGAAGCAAGAGAGGGACCUCCAUGAACAGCUUGGAGAUGUAUAUGAGAGAACCCUCACAGUGGACGGAGAGGACACCACACUGGUGGUCAUGGACACCUGGGAGGCAGAGAAACUGGAUGGAAGCUGGAGCCAGGAGUCAUGCCUGCAGGUGGGCAGCGCCUAUGUCAUCGUGUACUCCAUCGCAGACCGAGGCAGCUUCGAGAGCGCCUCAGAGCUCCGCAUCCAGCUGCGCCGCGCACAUCGUGCAGACCACGUGCCCAUCAUCCUUGUGGGCAACAAGGCAGACCUGGCCCGCUGCAGGGAAGUCUCUGUGGAAGAGGGCCGCGCCUGCGCCGUGGUGUUCGACUGCAAAUUCAUCGAGACUUCAGCCACUCUGCAGCACAACGUGGCCGAGCUCUUCGAGGGCGUGGUGCGCCAACUGCGCUUGCGCCGCCGGGACAGUGCGGCCGCGCAGCCGCCCCCGGCCCCGCGACGCCGGGCCAGCCUGGGCCAGCGCGCGCGGCGUUUCCUGGCUCGCCUGACGGCCCGCAGCGCCGGCCGCCGGGCGCUGAAAGCCCGCUCCAAGUCCUGUCACAACCUGGCCGUGCUCUGAGGCCCCGCUCCGGCCUGGCGGUGCGGGACGCUGGAGGGCACCGUUGCCUGGAGUCGGAGGGCGCACCUGGACCCGGGGCGUGGCCUGAAGGACCCUUCGCCCAGAGAAGUGGGGUUCGGACUGCGGGCCGUGUAGCACCCAGCAUGGGCUUUCGUGGGUGUCUGCUUGUAAAUACCUUCCCUGUCCCUGGGCCCUGAGCAACACCCCCCCCACACACACACACACCCCGAAAACUGCCACAAAUAAAGCAGUCCAGGAUGCCCUGUCUCAACAGGCAGACCUGUCCUCCGGUUCUGCCUGGCGUCUCCACCCGGCCCCGCCCAUCUGCACUGGCGGAUUCCGGCCGCAGCCUGCUAGCCUGGGCCUCCUGGCCAAUCUCGGGGGACCAGCUGUCCACUUGGGCCCUUCUCCCACCUCGAUACAGUUAGGCACAGUCCCUGGCCCAGGGCUUUGAGAGGAACACGUAGAUCACAAAGCAACCACAAUGUCAUGUGACCUGCUAUUGUUUCCCAAUUCGUUCUUUUUUUUUAAACUGCAGUCAUAAAUUAUUAUCUGGACGGAACUAUCAUCUUGGCAAAAUAGUAAUAGCUGGUGUUUGUGGGAGGUGACUGUCACUCUGUUCAUCUGCAGAAGCCCUGAGAGGAGGAUACUUAGUACCUUUACCCAUCUUUGACUAAUCAAGAUUAGUCAAAACUAAUCGAGACAGGAUCAGACAAUUACUGCAAGGGAAGUUGCCAGGAUUCCAGGUCAGGCUGGGUCCACUAGAGUCUGUGUGUGACUUUUUUACAGUCUUUCAAAAAUGUGUUAGGGAAGAUGAGGCAUGAUGGCACAUACCUGUAAUCCCAGCUACUCAGGAGGCAGAGAUAGAAGGAUCCUGAUCUGUGGCCUUCUGAGG